AUGUUGAAACUACAUGUAUUUUUCCUGGUUCUGUUGCAAAUCUCAAAUGCAGCAGAUUGUCCAAUAUGUCCAACAGGUGGAAUAUGGUCAGAAUGGACAUCAAAUGGAGUGUGUGCAACUACUUGUGGAGCUUGUUCCAAUUUGAAUUAUACUAGAACUUGCUUGUCAGAUGGAUUGAAAAAUUGUCCUUGUGUUGGCUCUACCAGAAUCUCUCAGCCAUGUGGCACCCAAGCUUGUAACUAUCCGAGAACCAAUGGUCCAGGUGCACCAUGUUGCAUUGGUACUCCAAAAGUGAUCAAUAACUGGUAUCACUGUGGAAGCAACUCUCAAAAUGCUGCCCCAACUCAACCAUGUUGCCCUGUUGGAGGAGUUUGGACAGAAUGGACCCGAUGGGCUCAUAACGGAGCAAAUGUUGAGUGGAGCCGUAGUCGAGAUUGUAUUUCUGGUGGAUACAAUUGUGCAUGUAUCGGGGAAAAUCAGGAGACUAAAUUUGAAUGCCCAUGCACUCCAAUGAAACCGAUUCCUCCCACAAAUACCGACUGCUCAAGUCUCACAAAUCGAAUUCCUUACUUGAAAACUCCAGCUUUUGACAAAGGAAAUUGCAUUGCCACUGUUUAUUUGGAAGCUUCCAAUUUUCGUGAAUCAUUCUACUCGUACAACUAUAAAUUGGAAAAAGAUUCAGCUGUUGCUGGCUGGAUUGAUAAAGCUGGAAACUGUGAAAUUGCAGAUUUUCCGACAGGAUUUCAAGAUGGACAUGGUGCAUACACUCCGUUUAGUUUUCAUUGUAAUGUUACAAGCGGCGCUUGGUAUUACAAUUGGGAAUAUUAUGGAAUUAAUAUGAAAGAAAUCGACAUGUUCGCUCUACUUCAUAUUCCAAGAUCAUCUUAA